AUGAAUAUUCCAACUGAUCUAAAAUAUAUUACUCCCUAUAUUCAAAGGGGGCAAGAGCUUUUGAGUCGUGACCCCAUUUUAUCUUACUAUGCACGUUAUUAUGCUGCAAAGCUUGCAAUAGCCAGAGGGCCACGAACGAAAGAAACAAAUGCAUAUCUAUCUGACCUACUAGACGCUUUAGAAACACAAAAGCAAGACAUCGGCGACAAUGAAGCUAUUACUAACGACAUCGUCGCUUAUGCUUAUGUUGAAAACUUUGCUCUGAAAAUCUUCCUGAAUGCUGACAACGAAGACCGUGCUGGAAAAGCGAACAAGAAAACAGCCAAAACUUUCUUAGCUGCAUCAAUAUUUUUGGAACUCUUAAAAACGUUUGGUGACCUUGAUCCUGAGGUCGAGGCGAAAAUCAAGUAUUCAAAAUGGAAAGCGGCAGAUAUUAUGAAGGCAUUACGUGAAGGACCAGAGCAACAAAUACCCUCAUCAACGCAUUUCGAUCAGAACAAUUUACCUGCUAUCUCUGAUUUCCCUGAUCCACCAUUGACAUCUAUUAACUCAGAUCAUAGUGCUACAACGGCUUCGACACAAUACCCAUCGUCUUCCAUAAAACCAUCUACUGCUUCUGCAAAUAACAAUACUUUCACAAAUCCACAAACACAGCUGCAGACAGAGCCACAAACACAAUUUCAACCGCAAUCACACUCACAACCUACUUCUGUUAAUACGCCGCAACAAUCAUCAUUGACUGUUGAAGCAUCUAAGCUGGAUGCUGGUACUAUAGCAAGGGCACAGAAGUAUUGCAAAUGGGCUAUCAGUGCUUUGGAUUAUGAGGAUACAGAAAACGCACGCUUACAGUUAUUAAAAGCACUAAAUGAAAUGGGAUACAAUCGAAAUAAUAAUUUCGGUUUUUAG